AUGAAGAACAUGUUUUUGCGACAGAGCUCCCGCGCCGUCGGCCGGCAAGAAUUGUGGCGUCUUAGUCGGAGGGGGUUGAGCAGACUUGCGCCGACUGCGACAGCCACGACAACACCAUCCACGACUUCGUCUGCUACUCGUCCCCUUGCCCCGAACUCGAGGUCGUCUGCUCUAGCCCAACAGCCCUCCACAAGAAGACAGUUCCAUGCCACAAGGGAGCUUCAAGUCGUCAAGCCGGUCCUCCUUGCCGAUAUUGGAGAGGGAAUUGUCGAAUGCGAAGUCAUCCAAUGGUUCGUCGAGCCCGGCGCGCGAGUCGAGGAGUUCUCGCCGCUGUGCGAAGUCCAGAGUGACAAGGCUUCGGUCGAAAUCACCAGUCGCUUUGCCGGUGUAGUCAAGAAGCUCUACUACGAUGCGGGCGAGAUGGCUAAGGUCGGAAAGCCGUUUGUCGAUAUCGACAUCGAGGGCGAUCCGGAGAACAAGGAGGCGGAAGCUUUGACACCGCCCGAGCCUGUUUCUACCCCAGAAGGACAGCAGGCCAUCAAGGGGGAGGCUAUCUCAACAUCUACGCCGCAAGCUAUUGCUCCCGAACUCAAACAGGCAUUUAUCGAGGCACCGUGGGCACAGGAAACGCCAGCACCCUCGCACUCGCCAGUGACCAAGCAGACGGGCAAGCACGCCUCAUUGGCGACUCCAGCUGUUAGGCACUUGGCGAAGGACCUGAACGUCGACAUCACUGAAAUAACUGGGACAGGCAAGGAUGGACGGGUGCUCAAGGAGGAUGUCUACAAGUUUGUGCAAGUCAAGGCCUCUGCGUCAAUACCGUCCCCCUCUGGUGCUACGCCAACCACGCCAGGUGUGAGCGCUGCCGCUGCCGCCGCGAGCGCGUUCUCAUCCCCAGCCGCCACAGCUUCAGGCCCUCAAACAGAAACUACGGUGCCUCUCACGAGGACGCAGGAGAUGAUGUUCAAGUCCAUGACUCGGUCGCUAACCAUCCCGCACUUCCUCUACGCCGACGAAGUCGACUUUACCUCCCUUGUCGAGUUGCGUGCACGCCUCAACAAGGUUCUCUCCAAGUCUGGCCUUCCCGAGGGCGAGGUUAAGAAGCUCUCUUAUCUCCCCUUCGUCAUUAAGGCCGUCAGCAUGGCGCUUUACAAAUACCCCGUCCUCAAUGCUCGUGUCGACCUCGACAGCAACAGCAAUGGUAAGCCAUCCCUCAUCAUGCGCAGCCAGCACAACAUCGGUGUGGCAAUGGACACUCCUUCCGGCCUGCUCGUGCCCGUCGUUAAAAACGUCGGCAGCCUCAAUAUUCUGAGCAUCGCCGCCGAGCUGGCCCGCCUGCAGUCAUUAGCCGUAACCGGUAAGCUGUCGCCACAGGACAUGUCUGGCGGUACAAUCACCGUCAGCAACAUUGGUAGCAUUGGAGGCACCUACCUGUCCCCGGUAAUAGUGGAGAAGGAGGUGGCCAUUCUCGGCAUCGGUCGCAUGCGUACUGUCCCGGCAUUCUCGACGGUGCCUGGGGAGGAAGACAAGAUCUUGCGAAGGCAGAUCUGCAACUUCAGCUGGAGUGCUGACCAUCGUGUGAUUGAUGGGGCAACCAUGGCCAGGGCGGCGGACGUGGUGAGGUCGAUUGUUGAAGAGCCUGAUGUUAUGGUCAUGCAUCUCAGGUGA